AAUACGAUGACGUCAGUCAGUCCAGCUUAGAACGCAACAGGCUGGACAUAUCCAAAUUGAGGUUGUGUAGCACUUAUUUGACCUCGAAAUUUUUAUAACAAUAUGGGUGAGGCGUCGCAACGUGCCUGUUGUCGAAGGACUGGCCGUCUGACCCUCUCGAAGGGAAAGAAAGUCAUUUACGACGCAUUUGCCCCUACAUUUGAUCUGAACGAAGCGACCAAGAAAGCCACCUUGAUGUAUCUAAUAGGCGAAGAAGCCCAUGGCACCCUCCGCAACGCUGUCUUCCCUCAAGCGCCAGGUAACAUGACGUACGAAGCCCUAGUAGCCGAGCUUAAGAAGUACUACGCGAAGCAAAGACGGUCGGUCGCUGAAAAUCGUUAUAUUUUCCACGAACGUAAGCAGAGGACGCGCGAGUCGGUACAACAGUUCAUCGUGGAACUCGAGCGCCUCGCAGCAGAUUGCGAGUACGGAACAUUUUUGGACGAGGCUCUCAGAGACCAGCUCAUUGUUGGUCUAAAGGGCGAGGGCAUUCGUAACAAACUGUUGAGAGCUGAAGGACUGACUUGGAAGAAAGCCUGUUCCAUUGCCACGUCCGUGGAAGCCGCGGAAUCGACUGCCAUUACUCGUAGCGUCCGUGGGAACAUCAACGUGGGUGCAUCGGCCCAGAAGCCGAAGCAUAGGACUCUUUCGGCUGGAGUAAGAGAUGCCUCAAUGGCAUCGUUUGGAUCACGAUCAUCGCGCUUACAGGCAGCCUGCAGUUCACUCGGUGGUCAGCAACCCGGUGCUUCGAGGGCUAUUUCUACUACGGGGUUUUCGCUGUGCCCUACUGCACCCGCGGUGACGCCUGUCUUUCAGUUCCGCAGUUCGGCAUCGCGAAGCGGAGAGAUGCCUCGGAUUCCAGCGCAGAACAGGGAACCGCAACACCGUCCGUUCAGGUUUAUUCCGCACCCUGGCGGCGCAGACGGCCUACAGAUGGCACCAGCAUUCAACUUCAUUUUCAACGCAGCCAAACCUGCUGUAUUUCGAUUUCAUGGUGUUAGCUCCGAAACGACGUCUGGCCUUAAAACCCACAAGGUACUGCGGUGCAAGCAGGCUGGCAAGCGGAGGGGUGUUGACUCCUCAUUCCCGCAGCGAUCCCAUGGAAACACCGGGAAAAUACGUUCUUCCUGAUAACAAAGUAUAUAGGUCCUAUAUGAAACACGAAGCUUGGAUUCUGAUGUGGAGGAGCAGCGCGUCCAGGACUUUGGACGCAAAAAAAUAGCCUAUAUACAAAAAUAGAUCUAUGGAAGCCAUCAGAUAUAGAAUAGCCAUAAUAAGACUGCAUUAAAUGGUCAUGUAAUAUUA